AUGUCCUAUGACUACCGGAGAACUACUACACGCUCGACAAACUCCGGCAACCGACCCGGACGACGAGGCUACCUCCCCCCUCCCCCAUCAAGUCGCGGCAAUGCGAGCGGACAUUCGGUGUUCGGGUACUGGGUGCCCUUGGUUGUGACAGGGACGAUCGCGAUUGGAGGGCUGGCAGCAUGGAUCUGGAGCGAACGGUCGGACAGUGAGGACGACGACUACCCGCACGAGAAGCCUCCGCGACCACAGACCGGGGUGGGUGCGUCGUAUCCAACACAAGGCUCGCAACCGUACCCUGGGCCUCCACCACCAGGACAACAAGGCGGGUAUGCAGCGGGACCAGCGCCUCCACCGCCGCCAGGGGGAGAAGCUUCGAGUUACUACAACCAGACGACGACCACCACAAGCGAGAGCCGGGACGUCAAUGUCCAGCAAGACGCCGGUUGGUACGGACGAGUGGCAGGCGCAAUGAAGCGUACACCUUCGCCGCAGCAGUUCUUCGACUCGACUUCGAAGCAGGUUGCAGCAGGAAUGGCGGCAGCAGGAGCGGCGCUGGGCAGUAUCAUGGAAGGCAGCGAUGAAGAGUUCGACGAGCGAGGCAAUAGACGGCGAAGCCGAAGCAGCAGACGCGACAAGCGGACGGAUGAAGGCUUCAGCGACCAUGAGCGCUGGAGCGAGGAGGCUGAUGAGCGCCAGCGCGUAUCGUCCAGCGCUGUCGAGGCUGAGAGCGAACGAAGAGCCGAUACUGCGCGAAGCCUGAGAGACGAGAAGGGCAAGCGGAGUGCGAAGAAGACCGUCGCUAUCGUUGUGAGCGCCGAUACGAACGCAGACAUCGGCUACAAUAACGACUCGAGCGCCGAGUUUACGACCGAACAUGCCUCGAUCCUCUCCCACCUCCCCUCCACUCACGACCCUUCCACGACCGACCUCUUCGUCCUCAUCUACUCACCCGGCCUGACAACCCUCCCACCCCUCUCUUACCGCCCAGGUCCACAAUCCACAAUGGGAUCCUCCUAUUCCCAAAUCUCCACCCCCGCCGUCACCCCAGGCUCCGAGCUCCAAUCGAUGUCUCCCCGCCCUGCUGCUGCCGACGGCCCCUCUUCGCAGUUCAAUGCACUCUACAGCCAGUCUCUCGCCCUCGUCUCCUCGCCCACGCAGAUCCUACCUUUCACGACUCCAGAUGGCUUCGUUCACAUUCUCCGGCACCUCGCCCCGCAGCUGGUCUACGUGAGCGAUGCGCUUGCCGGAGAGGAAGGCGACGCCGUGGCGCAAUUAAAGGGAUGGGUCGGGCAUACAGUCCUGGUGGCUGGCGACGAGGGGUUUGGUGGUUUGGUGGACACGGACACUGAUACAGAUGAGGAGGGAAGACGGAGGAAGGGAGGAAAGGAGCGGUGGUGGGAAGAUGCUAGUUUUGUGGGGUUGGGAAAGGAUGUGGAGGUUGUGGACGCUGCUAGGGUGGGAGAGGAUUGGGGGAGGAGGGUUGGGGGAAGGCAGUGA